ACAGUCCUGCUGAGAUGUUCUCCCAGUUCCAGGUGGUUAUGGUGACUCUGUCAGUCUCUCUACUGGUGUGCAGUUCUGCACCAAGAGGGGAUAUACUGCUUCAGCUUCUCCGAUCAGGAGACCCCACUGAAGAUGAGCUCCAGGAUCUUUCUCGUUUACUCUUACUGAAGCAUCUUUCUGAGUCAGUGGCUCAAGAUGAGAGAGAUGUCAUUGCAGGCAAUGAUGACCUUGAUGUUCAUGAUGAAGUGAUUCGUGAGCUUCCCCUUUCUCAGCGAGAACGUAAAGCAGGCUGUCGGAAUUUCUACUGGAAGACCUUCACUUCUUGUUAG